AUGGCCUCUGCUUCAGAUGGAGAAGAUGUAGCAGAGAAAGAUGACCUUGUUCCGCUCAGCCCUCCAUCACCACCAACCACCAGAACAACCUGCCAAGAGGAGGAGGUCUUUGGGGAGCUGCAGUGGGAGCAACAGGCAGGCAUCUUUGGUGUGGACACAAAGAGCAUCCAAGCUCCAUUGGCAGUCACAGAGAAAACAGAAGAAAUUCCUUCUGUUCCUUCAGAGGAAGAGGCUCACAAGGCACACAAGGAGUUGCCAGUCAGUUCAGACACAGUUGUAUUGCGAGAGAAGAAACCUGCAGACACAAUGGAGAACUUCAAACGCCGGCACUCCAAACUGAUCAAUUCCUCAAGAUUGCUCUAUCAGGAGUACAGUGACGUGGUUCUGAACAAAGCCAUUCAAAGCCAGAAGAGAGUGGAUUCUUUCACAGAAGAUCUAGAAUCAAGUUUCCCAAGCUCCCCAAGGCUACGGAGGAAAGUGCUGUCUCCACAGGACUCGUAUUUGCAACGUCUGUCAGUCUCAUCUAAUGCAUCCCUCUGGCAGGACAUCCCCAUGAUACGGGGCAGCAGAAUGCUACUCAAUAUGUCCCGUGAUGAGCAGAAACUUCAAGAGGCCAAGUUUGAGCUGAUCAUGUCGGAGGCGUCGUACCUGCGGAGCCUGAACGUGGCCGUGGAUCACUUCCAGCGCUCGGCAGAGCUGCAGGCCAUGCUCUCCAACCAGGAGCGGCAGUGGCUCUUCUCCCGCCUCCACGACGUCCGCGACGUCAGCGCCAGUUUCCUCUUUGACUUGGAGGAGAAGUUUGAGGAGGACAUGUUCACCUUCCACGUGUGCGACGUGGCUCUGAAACAUGCCCCCGAGUUCCGCAGGGUGUACCUGCCCUAUGUGACAAACCAGACGUACCAGGAGCAAACCUUCCAGCGCUUACUAAAUGGAAACGCAGGGUUCCAGCAAGUCCUGGAGAGGCUGGAAAGUGACCCAGUCUGCCAGCGCCUCUCACUGAAAUCCUUCCUCAUCCUCCCUUUCCAGCGCAUCACCCGACUCAAACUCCUGCUACAGAAUAUCCUGAAGAGAACUCGGCCUGGGUCUGAGGAGGAAGUGCAAGCAACACAGGCUUAUGAUGCACUUGAAAAGCUCAUCAAAGAUUGCAAUGAAAAUGUCCAGCGCAUGAAGAGCACUGAAGAGCUGAUCUACCUCAGCCAGAAGAUUGAAUUUGAGUGCAAGAUAUUCCCACUCAUCUCACAGUCGAGGAGACUUGUGAAGUGUGGUGAGUUGACUGCACUGGACUUCAACACCCUGAGUCCAAAAUGGAAAGUCACCACCCGUCCCAUCUACCUACAUCUUUUCAAUGACUGUCUGCUCCUGUCUCGGCCGAAGGAGGGUGGACGUUUUGUUGUGUUUGAUCAUGCUGCUUUCUCAGACGUGCGUGGGGAGAAGUGUGAGAUGAAGCUGCAUGGGACAAACAAAAACGUUUUCCGUCUCUUUCUGCCUAGAGUGGAGUUUUUGUUCCGUACCGAGACACACAGUGAGAAGCUGAGGUGGAUCUCUGCUUUGGCUCCUCCACGAGGAGAGCUGGACCUCCUGGAAUGCCCUGAUGCACCACAGGUUCAAUGCAUAAAGACUUACAAGGCUCGGGAAAACGAUGAGCUGGCUUUGGAGAAAGCAGAUAUCAUCAUGGUUAUGCAGUACAGCAAUGAUGGAUGGAUGGAAGGAGUGAAGCUUUCAGACCGGGAGAGAGGCUGGUUCCCCUCAGAACACGUGGAGCUCAUCUCCAGCAAACAGGCACGGCAGAAGAACCUGAAGGAGGAGCAGCGUGUGAAGAAUGCCAAGCAGCAGGUCUUCUGCAAGAAAUAA